AUGCAGCUCAAGGAUUCGAUUCUUCUCCUCUCGGCUCUGUCCGCCGGCACUGCCGCUGCUCGUCUGCACGGCCACGAGCGUCGCCAUGCUCACCCCGCUGAGAAGCGUGACAUUGGUGACAUCGUCAAGGUCGAGAUGGACGGCAAGAUGGUCUCCUGGACCAACGAGUGGUCCGGCGCCGAGGCCACCGCUGCUCCUCAGGCUACCCCCGCUUUCCAAGCUGAGGGCGGUGCUACUCAGGUCGUGACCGUCGCUGCCGUCCCCACCGCCAGCCAGUCCGCCUCCCCCAGCGGAUCUUCCUCGUCUUCCUCGUCCUCUGCUCCCGCUGGCGGAAGCUGCCAGAACUGGUACGACAACCCCUCCGGUGAAUUCUCGCGCGACGGCUUCGGCGCCAGCACCCUGGACAACGACCAGGACUACGUCUUCUACAAGGGCAACGUCGGCUCCCCCUGGGGUAGCAACAUCAAGGAGGUGUCCGAGUCCAACGCCUGCAACUACCGCUACGUCAUUGCCGUGCACGGUAGCGAGAAGGACCCCUGGACCAUGGUCUUCUGGAACAAGAUCGGCCCCGACGGUGGCAUCAACGGAUGGUACAGCGGCAACUCCGCCCUUACCCUGACCAUCGACGCCGGCGAGACCAAGUACGUUGCCUUCGACGGCGACUCCCAGGGUAGCUGGGGUGCCGCCAAGGGCACCAAGCUCCCCACCGACGACAUGGGCGGAUACUCCUGCACCUGGGGUGAAUUCGACUUCGGUAACAGCAAGAACAGCCGUGACCUGCCCGACGGCCACACCUGGUCCGGCUGGGACGUCUCCGCCAUCCAGGCCCAGAACGCCAACCAGGAUGUUCAGGGUAUGAAGAUCUGCCAGCACUCCGACCGUGGCUGCUCCAGCAUCAGCAACCUGGCCAAGAACGUGCUCAACGCCUACACCGCUGCCGAGGAGGGUGUUGAUGGCAUUGGUGGUAACUACAAGGGCAACGACGGUGUCCGUCUCCACGUCACCAUUGACUUUGACGAGUAA